AGUUGAGCACAUACCCAGUGUGGAUAUGACUUCUGCAAAAUUCAAACAUAUUGCUUUAUCUUAUCCAAAUUUGGACGGCGGACUGCAGACUGCGCUUACUGGACACUUCAAGCUUGAUUGUAACAGGAUUAGGUUACUUUUUUUUUACCUGGCAUUAAGCACGGUGCUUUGUUACAGACAACUGCCAUCAUCAUGUCAACAGAUAUGAAAGAAGAGACUCCUCUACUGAAGAGAAGACUGACAUCCUCUGAAUCCAAGAUCAAUAACUCAAAACUCUUCCUGGCGGUUUUCUCGGCUGUAAUAGGGAACUUCAGCUUUGGUUACUCCAUGGUUUUCUCAUCGCCCGUCCUCCCAAAACUCAAGAGCCCCAGUGCAGAUCCAGGGCUCAGGAUGAACACUGAGCAGGCCGCCUGGUUUGGCUCCAUCUAUGCACUGGGUGCAGCCGCUGGUGGACUGGGGGCCAUGCUGCUUAACGACUUGAUUGGACGGAAACUGAGCAUCAUGAUGUCAGCAGUACCGUCAACUAUUGGGUAUAUGCUGAUGGGAGGAGCAAUGAACCUGUGGAUGCUCCAGGUGGGACGUUUUCUCACUGGUGUAGCUGGUGGGAUGACUGCAGCAUCCAUUCCUGUUUACAUCUCAGAGGUUUCCCAUAAAGGAGUUAGAGGGGCGCUCGGCUCCUGUCCUCAGAUCACUUCUGUGUCUGGGUCACUAGCGCUCUACGCUCUGAGUCUGGUGGUGCCGUGGCGAUACCUGGCAGUAAUCGGAGGGGUUCCUGCUGUGCUGAUGGUUGUGUUGCUUGUCUUCAUGCCCUCGUCUCCCAGGAGGCUGCUUUCCAUGGGCCGAGAGGAGAAGGCUAAAAUAGCUCUCCGCUGGCUCAGGGGAAGUAACUACGACACCAGCAUUGAGCUCAGAGCCAUACAACACAGCAUCGACACACAGACUACAGUCACACUGUCCCAGCUUGGCACACCUGUCUUCUACCGGCCGAUCUUGAUCGCUGUAGUGAUGCGUUUCCUGCAGCAGAUGACAGGCAUCACACCCAUUUUGAUCUACCUGGAGUCCAUCUUUGCUGAGAGCAAAGUCUCUCUGCCAGCCAAGUAUGAUGCAGCCAUUGUUGGUGCAGUCCGCCUCUUAUCUGUUAUAGUAGCAGCCAGUCUGAUGGACAAGGCAGGACGCAAAGCCCUGCUGUACACAUCAAGCAUGUUGAUGUUUCUGUCCACUCUGACUCUGACCAUGAUCUACCACACCAAUCCAUGCCCUCCAAGCAAUCCUCUAAACCUCACUAUGGGUUUGGACCACAGCCUCAAUGACAGCAUCGGAAAUGCUUUAGAGGCAAGCCAGCACGGUUCAGCAAGCAUCAUUCCUCUCAUCAGCACCAUGGUGUUUAUUUUUGGAUACGCCAUGGGCUGGGGCCCAAUAACAUGGCUGCUGAUGUCAGAGGUGUUGCCGCUGGUUGCCAGGGGCGUGGCCUCGGGCCUGUGUGUAGCUGUCAGCUGGUUGACGGCCUUCGUGCUCACACACUCAUUCACACACCUGGUGGACAGCUAUGGCCUGUAUGUGCCUUACCUGUGCUUCACUGUGGUGUGUGUCAUCUGCCUGCUGUUCAACGCAGUAUGCAUCCCAGAGACUCGCAGUCGCUCGCUGGAGGAAAUAGAGAACUACUUCAGAACGGGACGUACGUUCACCAUCAGGCGCAGUCAUUCCACUGCACAGCCCCCAGUACAGUAGCUCUAAAGAAAAACUACUGUAAUGGGAUAUUUCAACAUCAACAAUCAUUAGUCAGGAUCUCUAUGUGAGUGAGUGUGAGAAUAGGACUAGUAUCACAAUGACUGAGCACAGAAGUCAAAGGUCACAGUGUUCAGAAGAUUAAAAAAGUUACGUGUAGGUGUAGAAUAAUGCCACUGCUUUAUAUCUAAUAAAAAUUGUUACAAUAAUGUUUUAUGUAAUAAAUACACCCACUCGCCACUUUCUAAGGUAAACAGGACACAUAAUAAAGUGUCAGGAGUAGCACUCAGUGUGGUCUGUAGCUCAUCUGCAUUAAAGUUCGAUGUGUUGUGCAUUGAGAGCGGGUCGCCUGCACACUUUAGUGGUAGUACCCACUUUCUAUCAUUUUGAACCAGUCUCAUCUCUGGCAUAAACAAGGGAUUUUCUCCCAGAGAACUGCAGCUCACUGGAUAUUUCAGAAACCAUUCUCUGCAAACCUAACUUACUAACAUAAGUGUGUUAUCACUGUCUCCCUUAUAAAGUGAAAAGUCACUUCAAUAUGUGUGCUGAACAAUAGAGUCAAUGCUCCAUGAUGAUUAUGUUUACUGUAAUGCAUCAGAAACACUGUGUUAUACUCUAUGUAAAAUAUAUUCAGUAUGAAAAUGCAUUGGGUUUGACAUUUAACAAUGUAAAAAAAAAAAACAUAAUUUACCAAAAAAUGUCUGCAACAUUUUAUAUUCCUACUGUGAUUGCUUGCGUGUGCAAACUUUGGACAUAAUAGUGCAAACAACGAGGUAAAUCCCAUAAAAGCAGGAUCCAGUAAACCUGGAUAAACUAACAGUUACCGAAAAUAUUAAAAGGAAGAUGACUUAAGUGCCACUCUGUUGACUGAUGGAUGAUCUCUACAGGUGUGGUGCCCUGUAAUGAGCAGUUAACAAUUCAUGACAUGGAGUUUCCGUAUAGGUGGUGCUAAGCUUGUUACAGGCUGCAUCAUUAAUUUGUUCUGCUGCAGUUGUCCCUUAUGAGGCAUAGAAAAACAUGAUUGUGUGAAAGGAUUAGAUUAGAAAUUUAAAAAACAGAGAUGUGGUUUCUUUGGCAACAGAGAGCAAUGCAUCAAGUAAAUAAUGCAAAUAAAAACAUGCAGAGAUUUAAUAUGCCUGAAAAGUGAAAUAACUCCAUCAUCGAAUGAGGAAGUGAUGUUAGCGUCAGGUUACAUGCUGCACUGUACUGUACGUAAAUUUGAGUCUGACUCGGCUGAGCCUAUGAUGCGUUUUGUGCUUUGUAUACACUGACAUACCAAAUGUGCCUACUUGUCUUGGGCGUGUCUCUGUAGCAUGUUCUCUGACUGACUGACAAUGAAGAAAGAAGGAGAGAUACACUCUGGGUUUCGAUACAUGUGUUUGUAUGUGCGUGUGUGUCACACCUUAAUGGAUAUUAAUUGAUGCCAGACAGAAAGAAAUAGUGACACAAUAUGUUCGAUGACAUUAAAACGAA